AUGCGACUGCGCAGUUUGCUCCUUCGUCAGCCGUGGCGUAGCACGGCUUCCGCGUACGCCCGUCAUGGCGAGGCGGCGCGGGGCCGGCGACACAGACGCGCGUCACACGACACCGCCAGUCUGCGUGACUCGGUAGGAAUGCUGAUCCCUGAGGCCUUUCUGCGCCGCGACCGAGUGUCGCCCGAGGUGCUAGACCGCUCCAUCGAGAAGAAGGCGCACGACCUGCUUGCCCUGGGCGCGGACGCUGCGCACGAGUUUGGCCCGUACGGUGCAGAGUUUGAUCGGCGUGACAUUCGCUUUCAAGGGAAGAACGGCGACCUGCGUCAGUUUGCGGAGAUGGCGGCGAGGGCCGCCUCGGUGGAGAGGUGGAGUGGCACGUCACUGCAGGGCAAUCCCCCGCUGGGGGACGCCGUGGCCUUCGUUGGGGGGAAACACCAGAAGCGACCUCUGCCAAGCACCACCGCAGACACAUCCAAGGAUACACUCACGGGCGGGAGUGCGGCGAUGCUGCAGCGGGUGGUGAGGCGUCAUGGAGGGGAUUUGUCUCCCCUGGCGCAUGCCAUAGCUGCUGGUGGUGUGACCGACGCUGAUACUGGAGGCCAACAUGAUGGUGGCGAUGAGGGGAAUAGGGCUUCAGUAGCAGGGGUAAAGCCGAAGCUGGAGGCGUCGUCGACAGUGACGGAAGGUAAACGACGGGUGGAACGUCGUCAACGUCGGCUUGAACGCAUUAUGAACCGUGAGGGGGACGUGCACCCUUGCGUGCAUCAAGGCGGCUGUGUCUCACAGGGUGGGGCGGCAAUGUGCCCGUUUGUCCUGCAUCCUGCAACGGUCUGCGUGGCAUGGCUGCGGCAUGGCUGUUGCGAGGAUGCUGUGCGUGGAAGUUGCCCAUGGUGGCAUGGUGGCAUGGCUGACACCGGCAAGACAGAAGUUGUGGGAAACCGGCUUUUUUGUGGCAUUGAGGACGCCAACGACGGAGACCGUGAGCUGCUGUGUGAGAGCUGUGCGUGGAUGGGCACGAUCCUGCAGAUGUUUUUGGAUCUUGUGGUCACCACACUCGAAGACGCGCGGUUUGACGUCUCGGAGGGACACGUGUCUGCUGCGACGGUGCGGGGGAUUCUCGAGGCGUCACUCGGCGCGGCCUCGAGCAACAGAACAGGCCACACUUCAUCCGACAUGCCGCUGCACUACGACCCCGCGUAUGACUUUUUGUCGGUGGAUAAGGAAUUGGCGCUGAGCGCCCUCAUGUCGGAGGAGGAAGUGGGGUCGACGCAGGGGAAUGCUUUCCACACGAACGUGGAAAAGGAGGACUCCUUUGAUGUCAUGCUUUCCCGCGAGUUGGCGUCGUCCCAGCAGGGAGUGGAGGCGCUGUCCUGCGCGGCGGUGGGAGACGCGGAGGAGCAGUUGCAUGCCACCGCUGAAAGGCGACUUCGCCGCGUUCUCGCCAGCUUCCGCGGCUACGUCUGCGCGGUUGACGUUCACGAGGGGCCUGAGGAUCGUAUUUCCCUCUGUACGCCACUUACUCAGUGGUUGCUGCAGCGCGUCGCCGACGACUACCAAAAUCAGAAGAGCCGGGGCAACGCAGUGGAGGCCACACCGCAAAGUCUUUUUGAGGAAGCAAGCAUCACCCUGUUGCGUACUCACCUUCGGAGGUGUGGCGUUGACAAGGGUGGUGCGAGCGACAGCCUGGCAAACUCUCACCGCUGGUCUGGCUUGUUAUUGCUGCAGCUGAUGUCGCUGCUUACACGUCUUCCAGCAUCGCGUGAGAUGUUCACGGCUGUAGGCUGCAUGGAAAGCUCCUUCCUCUACACGGCGUUGCUGUUGCUUCAUAUAAAAGGGACACCCAGUUGGUCUGCGGACAACGUACAGACACGGUAUAUGAGUUGCUGGGUGUUUUUUCACUCGCUUAUCUCGACACUUGCGUUGGGCCUUGUUCGUGAAAGCAUUCACCAGUUUACACUUGCUCGCUCUGCCUUGGUGGGUGUGGUACGGCAGCUUGCGCGUGGCGUGGAGGAUCACUUCUCCAUGCCGCUGCUGCGGGCGUCCGGAUGGUCGGCGUGGACGGACGAACAAAUGUUUGCCUCACAGCGGAUGCAGGCGUACACCGCCGUGGAGUAUGCACGGUUUCACCUGCCUGCCACUGCCCACUGCUUCCUGACGUCGGUCUUGAACACAUUAAUGCUGCACGUCCUGAGGGAGGCUAUGCAACGGUAUCAGCUGCGUCCGAGCCCUGUGGCUUCCGUGCUGUUUAGUGGGAGCCGAUACUUGGGCGCGCCGCAGGAGUCGCUGCGACAGGAGCGAUGUCUUUGUGGCGGCGGCGGCGGUGUCCUGGUGCGUCGAGGGGUGCAGCCGUACGCGUUGGAGGCUGUGGCGCUUCUUUCCUGCCUGCAUGACGAGAACAACGCGGUGAUGGCGCGACGGCAGCAGCUGAUGGAGGAGUUCAUGACACGGCGCGCGGAUUAUCAUGAGCGCGCUGCGACGGAGCUUGCACGCUGUCGGAAGAGCUACGGCAGUGGCCAUCUGCAGCACAACAAUGGCGUGCACCCCGCUGACGCUGAGGACAUUCAUGUCUUUGAGAAACUGUUACCGCACGCCUCUGUCAUGGUCUCUGCGGAUGUCUUGAGCCUUUUGCUACCCGUCUUAUUUCUUGGCGGUGGAGCGUACAAGGCGCUGCGUCUCGCCUCUUCAGCGAUCCAUGCCAGUAGAAUGUUGCGACACGCUGCAAAGCAACCCAUACCGUACGUCGUUCAGGGUGAGAAGACAAUUCACAAGCGAGUGCGACACGGUGGGACGGGGCGAAAGCACCUUAUUCGCUUGCGCGUUCCCGUGCUGCGCCGCGUUGACGCCGAGGUGAAGGAACAGGAACGUAGCGGCGUGAGUGCACGUCCUGUUGGAUUGUACAUGCAGCUCGGUGAAAGGGUUGUGGCGGAAAUAGCAAGCAUGGGCGUGCGCAUGGGAGCUGCUGGUGCAAAGCUUGUACGUGGGGUGUGCGAGGAUAGCGUGCGAGGGUUGCUGGUUGACUACGCCGAGGGGCGAUGUUUGCCUGCACCAGAUGCCGCUGACGUCCACGAUGGGGGCACCAUCACAGCCGCCUUUGGCGCAAGGGCGCUAAGGACCAUUUUGUCAAUUGCGGGCGUCGGCAGUCAAUGCAGUGGUGGUGCUGCCACCUUUAGGCGAGGGUCAAGCCACGCAGCGGGCCCUGUCAUCCUAGAGCGCCGUAUUCCACCCACUGCGCUCCUCCUGGAGACUGUCGUGGCUCUGACGCCGACCAACGACCGUGAGGCUCACACGCUGUACGAGCGUAUCUGCAGCAUGGAUCAGAGAGCUCUCGUCACUGACCGGGUGUUGCUUGCACAACACUAUCAUGCAGCUCGACGCCACUUUGGACGGGCAGCUGCAGUGGCCUCCGCUGUGUGGCUCGAUGUAGUUCGUGCCGGACUUUCUUCACUCUCACGCCCAUCGACGGUAAUCCUGCAGCACGAGGUGGAGCAGCUGCCUGCCUCCGUCGAGUUUGGGCUGGAGACAUUAGGAGCCGCAUCGCAUCCUCUUCCGCGUGAGAGGAGGUCGACACCACGCACGGUGGAGGAGUUGCGAGACUGUUUGGAGCAGUCGCACAAGGCAGGCGCCGCCGGGACCACCUCCGACAGUCGCCCCCACGGCGGGUACACAACAUACGUGGCGCAGUGUCUCGCGGCGCACUUCAUGGACGCCGGCGCCCUGCAACGCAUGCGGUGGGCCGUUUUGGCCAGCACGCUUCUCGCCGUCAGAAGUGACACACUCACGGGCAAGCAGCGGGUUUGGUCGCGACUGCUGCUGCGCAACACCUUCAUCUUGGCCCUGCAGGCUACCAGUUCGCAGGAGCGUGAGCGGGAUCUGCAAGCGACUGUGCGUGUCUUCCUCCUCAGCGACCUCUUCCACCCCAUCGUCGCCACGGUGGAACGUGCAGACGAACAGGGACUUGUGUGGUGCUCCGCCGCUGUGCGGGAUCUACCGCGGUACCUUGCAGCUCAGACACACCUAGCAGAGCAGCUGCACACAAAACAGCAUGCUGGUGAAUUCCUCGACGGCAUCAGCCAUGGUCUGCAACUUUUGCCCCGUUUCAGAGCCGCAACCAGCCUUCACGACACCGAUGCCACCCAAACGAAUGCCUGGUGCCUGCUUGAGCCUUUCCUGCAGCACACGGAGCUGGCGAUCACGUGGCUGCGGAAGUCUUUCCUUGAGGUACCACCUCACUUCCUCUUGUGGAUCACCGCACACGUUGACGUAAACAACUCGCAAACCGCUUUCUCCCUCGCCGCAUGGUCGAUCUUUCUGCACUCUAACCAUGCCGUGGAUGCGGCUGUGCAGAGCGCGGUACUCCAAGCCACCUGCAAGAAACUCACUCCUGCGCACAAAGAAAAACUGCAGGAAUGGCUUCACAUUGCUGCAGAGACGUCCAACACCACCUGCACUACCAAGCCCACUUAA